AUGGGCGGAGGUGGGAGAGUCCACAAGAAAAUAUUGAUAGCUAUAUUAUCACUAGUGGGUGCGGUUAUCUUUCUAAUCUUGAUCUAUGGUGUGGUUAUGAUUGUAAGGAGAAGAAAAUUUAUUCAAGUUCUUGAAGAUUGGCAAGUCUUGUAUGGGCCUCAUAGGUUCACUUACAAAGACUUAUUCAUUGCAACAAAAGGGUUUAGAGAGGGCCAACUUCUUGGUAGAGGUGGUUUUGGCAGGGUAUACAAAGGAAUUCUACCAUUUUCCAAUGUUCAAAUUGCAGUGAAAAGAAUUUCUCAUGAUUCAAAACAAGGGAUGAAAGAAUUCGUGGCAGAAAUCUCAACCAUCGGCCGUCUGAGGCAUCCAAACUUGGUAAGGCUUCUUGGCUACUGCAGAAGAAGAAAAGAACUGUUCUUAGUCUAUGACUAUAUGCCUAACGGAAGUCUCGACAAGUUCCUUUACCGAUUGCCCAACAACAGCAUACUCAACUGGAAACAUAGAUUCAAGAUCAUCAAAGAUGUGGCAUCUGCACUCUUGUAUCUUCACCACCAAUGGGUUCAAGUUGUCGUCCACCGGGACAUCAAAUCAGCCAAUGUACUGAUUGACAAUGACAUGAAUGCUAGACUUGGAGAUUUUGGCCUCGCCAAGCUAUGUGACCAUGGAAAUGAUCCUCAAACAUCCCAUGUUGCAGGAACUCCAGGCUACAUAGACCCAGAAAUUGUGCAUAGUGGAAAAUCAAACACACGUACUGACAUCUAUUCAUUUGGGGUUUUGUUGUUAGAGAUUGCUUGUGGAAGAAGGCCGGUCGAAACUCAGACUUCGCCAGAGAAAGUGUUGUUAAUCGAAUGGGUUUUAGAUUGCUGGGAUAAAGGAGACAUUUGUGAAGCAGUGGAUAGCAGAUUGAAGUUUUUGGGAUAA